UUAGAUAGGAAGUGUCUUAUUAUGAAGGCAAAUGGUCCCAUACCUUUUAGUUAGAGUUUUCAUUGAUAAUGUUCUUUAUUAUGCCUUAACAGAACAAGCGAGUAAGUCCUCCCCAGUUCUUCUAUCAACCAUGGUGGAGAGAAUCAUAGGCAAGCGAAGAAACAAGAAAGGGAAGACUGAGUACCUGGUACGCUGGAGGGGCUAUGACUUUGAGGACGACACCUGGGAACCAGAGACGCACUUAGCCAACUGCGUAGAGUUCAUCCACGAGUUCAAUGGCCAGCAUGGCGAACGACAGCGAGAAGGUGCGCUCCCACGUUCCGCACGCAGCUCCUCCAGCCCUGCCGGUGAAAUAGCCAGCAGUGCCCGCAAACAAAUACACAGAACCCAUCAGCAUAGCGGCAGUCCGGCUGCGGCCAAAUCCGCAGAUCCCACCGCUGCCACCACGAGCUCAGGGGCCGAACGGCAGCUGACCCCGGAUGACGGCGCUAAGGGCGCCGGAUCUCAAAUGGAAUCCCAGCUGAUAAUCUCCGGUCAAAAAUACAAACGCUCCAGCCACCUAGGAAGCGCUGCCACCGAGCUAGCGGCCGCUCACUCCCUUGGCCCAGGCCGGAAAAGCAUGGACCUGACAAAGACUGGGAUCAAAAUCCUUGUACCCAAGAGCCCCAUGGAAAACCGGGUAGAGGCAGAGGAGUCACCUAGCGAGGCGGCCCAAAGUCUGGAGCAGACCGAGCAGGAGCCGGACACCGUGCCUCCAGAGGUGGCGCUCCUGGAGAAGCCGCUGGGGGCCCCGCUUGGUCCCGGGGAGGAGAGGGCGCGCAUGGGAAUGAGACCACGGGCUCACGGCACCCUACCGCCGCCACAGGUCCCCAUCACGCCCGCCGCCGUGUUGGCACUCAGCGGGAAAGGUACGCCGACUGCUUUGGAGGCUGUGCUGGCCAAUGGCACGGCAAGCGCGCAGGGCGCGGUGACUAACGUGCCCGCGGCGACGGCGGCGACGAAGCGACGCUUUGACGAGUGUGUCGCCUUUGACAAGCGACUGCGCUUCAGCGUGCGCCAGACCAAGAGCGCCUACCGCUACCGGGACCUUGUGGUGAAGAAGCAGGACGGCUUCACGCACAUCCUCCUGUCCACAAAGUCCACGGAGAAUAACUGUCUGAGCCCAGAAGUGAUGAAGGAGAUACAGAAUGCAAUGACCACAGCCGCGGCAGAUGACAGCAAGCUGGUCCUGCUCGGCGCCGUGGGCAGCGUCUUCUGCUGCGGCCUGGACUUCCUGUCCUUCAUUCGCCGGCUCACCGACGACAGGAAAAAGGAGAGCACCAGGAUGGCCGACUGCAUCAGGUCUUUCGUGAACGCCUUCAUCCAGUUCAAGAAGCCCGUCGUCGUGGCUGUGAACGGGCCAGCGGUGGGCCUGGGCGCCGCCAUCCUGCCGCUGUGCGACGUCGUGUGGGCCAACGAGAAGGCCUGGUUCCAGACGCCGUACGCCGCCUUCGGCCAGACGCCCGACGCGUGCACCUCCCUCACUUUCCCCCGCGUCAUGGGGGUGGCCUCGGCCAACGAGAUGCUGCUGAGCGGCCGCAAGCUAACAGCCCAGGAGGCCUGCGCCAAGGGCCUGGUGUCCCAGGUGUUCUGGCCGGGCACAUUCAAUCAGGAGGUGAUGGUGCGCGUUAGGGAGCUUGUCACUUGUCAUUCAGUUGUGCUGCGGGAGUCCAAAGCUCUGCUGCGUGGCACCAGCAGGGCAGCCCUGGAGCAGGCCAACGAGCAGGAGUGCGAGGCACUGAAGCGGGUGUGGGGUUCACCACAGGGCAUGGACUCCAUCCUGAAUUACCUGCAGAAGAAGAUUGACGGGUUCUGAACUGCAGCGCGCCACCCUCGCGACUCCCUUUUCGAACCGCCCAAGGAAGAGCGACGGGCCGAGUUCACGCAAGAUGCCGGGACACCUGCCUUGCGUUCGUCUAAUCGUCACUGCAAUGGGAAGCUCAUCCAAAUAUGUGAGAACUUUAGAAAGGGCAACCUGGGCUACGCCAUCUCUGGGGCCCAGAGGAGUCCACGCUUCUGACCCGGGCUUUCGCUACCCGGUCCGCCGUGACGGAUCGUGAGGUACUGCCAGGCUACAGCUUUUUGUAUUUUAUUUACCUCAAACGGGGACGUCUCACGUUGGCUUUUUUUUUUUUUUUUUUUUUUUUUUAAUUGCUCCUCCUUUUUGUAGACAGUUGUCACGGAAACAGAAUUAUGCCUUUCCGCUUUUCUUAAUCCUUUGGAUAUAUUAACUUCCGUUGACUCGUGCAACCAGACCCAGCACACACUGUAAAGUUUGUAAGAAAACUUAAGCUUAUUGUAGGUAAUACUGAAGAUUGGCUUUUAACGCUAUAGCUCUGUAUGUAUAUAUAAUGUUUUUAUAUUUAUAUCCAGCGUUUUGUUGCCGUUUGGUUGAGAAUAACUUUUUAUGUCUUCAGGGCUUUUCCUGCAUUGCUUCCUUCGGGUCAGUUACACCAAAUGUUUUUUAUUGUUACUUAAAUUUUGCCUUGCUUAUGCUUGAAAUAUUUGAAGUUUAAAAAAGGCGGGGGGGGGGGGUAACUCCCGUCCUUGCAAAAAGAACGUUCGUUCGGUACUGCUCAGUAGGGCUACGUGAAUCCGGCAGGCCAAAACGUGAUGCAAUACGUGCACGUAUAAGUUUUAUCUGUCCGUUUUCACUUUCGUAUUGUGCGAAACCACAUGUUAAUGAAAUUCUGUCCGAAAGAAAAUUCCGCUGACUUCGGAAUUUUUUAAAAAAAGAGUUUGUUCAGAAUUUUCAAAUGCAACGGCCGUCUCGGAUUUUGAAUUGGCAGGGAUGGUUAGGGUCAAAUCGUUCGACUACUAAGUUUAUCACGGUAAAGUCAGCUUGAAGACCAGCUCUUGUGUUGAGAUGGCCUGGUCAAGGUGAGGAUGCUCCGCUCUGGGUGAAAGGUACUCUUGGAAUGUGAGGUGUGUCAGUGCCCUUCGAGGGGUUUCGUCUUUGCGUAUAAUUUAACUUCUACAAAAGGUGCGGAAGCACGCGAUUAAAAAGAGGACAUUUCUCAAAGUUUUUUUCCAGUGAUGCCGCUUCCACCAACAUCAUUCUCACACUGUUCCUUAGCGCGGUGCGGGACAGACUUCGUCCCGAGUGACACCCCGGUGGUGUCCCUCGUCUCGUAUUCGCGUCGGUGUGAGAUUUAGCGCCGAGCUGUCAGCUCCGACGCACCGGCGUCGGGGACCGAGUUUCACGAGAUGUGCGCACACUUGCGUCUCCUCGAGAACGAAUCGAGAAUUACGAUGGCUUCACGUUCGCAGUUUAUUCUUUUCCCAAACUUCCUUCCUGUCACAGUGACGUGCAGUUAACAAGUGGAGAAAGUUGAGAAAGACUGGAGGGUGCGAGAUGGUCCGUUACAGUGAGCAGCCUGAUCCCGGCGGCUCGAGGGUGCGAGGUCUGCGUAUGGGCUUUCGUUGCCAGGAUGUCGUUCGGAGGAGUAGCUCUUCCUCGCCUCCUUUGGGCAGGCGGCCGCGGUAAGGGCUGUGGUACGGCCCGGCGAACUCCCGCAAAGGGCCGUACCGCACCCGUUACCACAUACAGUGACUCGUCCUCGUCUCUGGAGACCAUGUUGGACGGCGUCUCGCUGGUAUGAAAAGAAGGGAAGGCAUGAUCCGUAUUUUUGUAUGUCAGAUAGAUUUGACUCAUAACACCCUGCCCCAAACAGAACUUGUGUUAGUUUGCCUCAAUGAGUGGUACAAUAUUUUUCCAUCUCUGGGACCUACUUUUGUUGUAGUUGAGACUAUAUAUAAAUAAUAUAUGUAUAUUGUAUGAUAUGUAAAGUUUUUUUUAUAGAAUAAAAUAUUCAGCUGUAAAGUGGGUUAAAUAAAGUUUUGGAUUUCAUACCGAGGCUUCUUUGUACUGGAGUGUUUCGGUGUGGACGGAUGUCUAACGUCCGCGUCGCGUCCAACUUACCGAAACAGGAAUGACAGACAAAUGGCAAAGCUUUGCGUUCUCAGCGUUCAACAAUCAGGACUUCAGCUUUGCGAUCCCUGAAUUUUGCAUUGCAGAACAACUAUGCAAAUAUGGAUUAUGCACACCAACAGAGCCAGGAAGGUACAUCAACGCUG